GAAAAGGAAAAAAAAUAAAAAAAAUUUCUGAAUCUUCUUCUUCUUCUUCAUCUUUUCUUCUAAAGCUUUUCUUCAUCAUUUCCAUGGUGGUUUAGGGUUUCUCUCUCUUUCUCUGCGUCUCUUUCAGUUCUUCACCUUGAUUGCUUCUUCUGUGCUGUGGAUUUCAUACGCUAAAUUACCGACAGUUUCAAUGUACUACUGCUUCUUCCAAUUUCUAUUACUUGCAGCUGCUAUUUCAUGGAAGAACAAACAGCACAAGGAAUCUUCAUUUUUGUUAUGGAUCUGUAAAAUGUUGUUGUGAAUAUGAACAACGAGAACUUGCUUACAAGUUUGGUUUGUUUGAGAUUUGAUCUGAUUUUGUGAUUUAAUCAGUUUUUUUAUUUUUGUUAUUUUUUGUGUUUUUCAGGAUUGUAUUUUGUUGUGCCCUAUCCAGAUCAAUGUUUUGCUCAGUUAUGAAAAUCCUGAUAUUUUUUUUUCCUUGAAUUUUUAUCAUAGUUACCAUUCUUUGGUUUAUCAAAGGAAUGAAUAGUUAAAUUAUUGUAUUGUAUGAGAUGGAUUGACUUGUAUUCAUAUUUUCACAUUAAUUUCAGUUUAUGUCAAUCUGUUAGAACUUAAAAUAGAAAAUAUCAGUUGUAAUGACUGAUUUUGGAGUGUUUUUCUUACAGUUUUGAUGAUUUAUUUUUGUUUAUUAUUGAUUUUUGUCGAUUUGCGCCCUUCCCUGUUUUAAUUUGCUUAGUUUACAGUUUUCAUAUUUCCUUUUGGUUUUUUCUGAUGCAUUCAAUUAUUGACCAUUAUCAGGUUGUUAUGUCACAUAGAUGGUAAAGAAAGGGAUGCACCGUUCAGACUUCAGAUUUGAUUUCAAUAAAGGAUUGGUUUGACUUAUGAAAGUUGGAUUGCGGAUUCAAUUAUGUUUGCAUGUGAAAUGAACCACAAUAGACUUUUGGGUUGAGUGUUGACUUGUUUCUGUUACUCCUACCACGCCAAAUUUAGUGGAGAAAUUUAAUUUAUCACUAAUGGGAUCAUUCUCGGGUACUUGUGAAAUUGUUGAAGCAAGGGAAGACCUAAAUACAGCGAAAGAUGUAGGGAUAUAUCAGUCCAGUUCUGGAUAUAGUGUGUCUGAGAAAAAUCAGAAGCUUCCUGCGCUGAAACUGGGAUACAAGGAUAAUCUAGAUAAUGAUAUUAAUAAGCUGUUUGAAUCAAUUACUCUCAAGUCUUCAUCAAGGGAUUUGAGCUUUCUACCAGAUGGAACAAGUCCUAAUAUGAGAAGUGCAUUAAAAAAGCCAAUGACAGUGCCUCGAUCCCCACGAGUUGGGAUUUCUGAGCCGGUGACUUUGAAGCAGGCAUUAAGAGACCUAUGUAUAUCUAAGGCAUCGGAAAUGGCUGCUAUGAAAAGGUUAUCAAAGUCAGCAGCUUCUCCGAGAAUAUCAGAGGCCGGGAAGAUACAAACAUUGUACAAUUCAGUUGUCACUGAUGCUAGAAGAUCCGGGCCUUCUAAUGUUGAGAGUAAAGGGAGUUCAACUGAAAUAUCUCUGGUGCUAGAAGAAGACAAGUCACUUGUCUUGAAUAAAGAAUCUCCGCCUCAUCAAACUUCCAAAAGCACACCAUUGAGCCAAAAUGCUCAUUCUUCCAAAACCGCAGUUGCAACUACACAAAAUGAUUCAGGGGCUUCAUUGAUGCAAAGUGAUUCGGAAUGUUCGACAAGUAAAGCCGGGGCUUCAGCCCAACCAUCAGAACCUACUCAAAUAGAAAAUCAAAUGUCUGCUUCCUCUCCAUCUUGUUGUAACACCGAUGGAAGUAAAGUAGAGUUGCCUGAAAAAGAUUCUUCACCUAAAAAGUUAGGAAAUAAAGCAUCUAUGUCGAAGAAUGUGCGGAAAGGUAUGGUACAAACAAUAUCUUCCUCUUCAGUGAAUGGCAAUAGAGUGUGCAAACUUUCGCGCAAUAGCCCCCGAACAGUAAAAUCCGUCAUAAAAACCAAGAGUUUGGGUAAGAAGAAACUAAAGCAGGGCUCUGAUGCUGCUUUACAUGUUCCUCCAUCCAAUGAGGAAAAUAACAACCCAGUUCUCACUGCAACUCCACUUGUUUGUGAGAGAUGUUGGUGUGAAAUCGAAAAUACAAAUAAAGAAAGCAGCAAAGGUAUUAUAUCAUUAGGCACCCCAAGCCCUGCAGAUGGAAUAAACUUGAAAAGUGUACUCUCUGGGCCAGCAUCAAAUGGUUGUAAUAGAGGCAUAGAAGUUGCAAAAGUGAAAAAGAAUACCAGAUUGAAAGAGCAGCUUGAAUUUUCACAAAGUUCAAAGAGUAGCCAAGGUGACUACAGUAGUAGUACAAGUACCAGUGACGAGAGUAAUAUCAGUGGUUCUAGCUGUGGCAAUAGGCCUCACAUGUCGAAGGACUUUAGAUGGCAAGCUAUACGAGAUGCUCAAAUGCAGCAUGGCGUCCUGGGCUUGAGACACUUCAAUCUUUUGAAGAAACUUGGUUGUGGAGACAUUGGUACUGUAUAUCUUUCUGAACUAAUUGGCCAAAAUUGUUUGUUUGCUAUUAAAGUAAUGGACAAUGAAUUUUUGGCAAGAAGGAAGAAGAUGCCUAGGGCUCAAACUGAAAGGGAAAUAUUACGAAUGCUGGAUCAUCCUUUUCUUCCAACACUAUAUGCACAGUUUACAUCAGAAAAUCUGUCAUGUCUGGUCAUGGAGUAUUGUCCUGGAGGAGAUCUUCAUGUUCUACGUCAGAAACAGCUUGGUAGAUGUUUUUCAGAGCCAGCAGCAAGGUUUUACGUAGCUGAAGUCCUUCUUGCUUUGGAGUACUUGCACAUGCUUGGAGUUGUUUACCGUGAUUUGAAACCAGAAAACAUUCUUGUUCGAGAAGACGGUCACAUUAUGCUCACAGAUUUUGACCUUUCACUCAGGUGUGACGUUAGCCCAACACUUCUGAAAUCAUCUGAUAUAGAUCCUGCCAAGGUUUCUGGUACAUGCACAAAGUCAAGCUGCAUCGAGCCAUUCUGCAUUGAACCAUCUUGUCAAGUUGCAUGCUUCAGUCCUAGAUUCUUACCACCUGCGGCAAAAGCAAGGAAACUAAAAGCUGAUCUUGCUGCUUAUAUCAGAUCAUUGCCGCAGCUUGUGGCAGAGCCCACGGAUGCAAGAUCAAAUUCCUUUGUUGGUACGCAUGAAUACCUAGCACCUGAGAUCAUCAAAGGAGAGGGACAUGGAGCUGCAGUUGAUUGGUGGACAUUUGGUGUUUUUCUUUAUGAACUUUUAUAUGGUAGAACACCCUUCAAAGGUUCUAACAAUGAAGAAACAUUAGCCAACGUCGUCUUGCAAAAUCUCCGAUUCCCUGAUAGCCCGUUUGUUAGUUUCCAAGCAAGGGAUCUUAUUAAAGGGUUGUUAGUUAAAGAGCCUGAAAACCGUUUAGGUACAGAGAAAGGCGCUGCAGAGAUUAAACAACAUCCCUUCUUCGAGGGCCUUAAUUGGGCAUUAAUACGUUGUGCUAUCCCACCAGAACUUCCUGACCUUUGUGAAUUUGAAUUGGGACUUUCAGACAUGAUUGCACAGUCACAAAGCAAGGAUGGCAAAUUUUUAGAGUGUACAACAACAGGAGAACAAGUGGAAUUUGAGUUGUUUUAGACGGCAUUCUUCUUGUCAAUUCGUUUGCUUCCGGCUCUAUGUUAAACUAGUCGACGUGCAACAAUUAUGUAAGCCUAUGUUGUAAAUUAGUUUUGAUUAUAGCAUGUGAAAAUGUGCUUUAUUAAGGUGUAGGAAGUUCAGGUUAUAUAUGGCAA